AUGAUUGAGCGGGUUGAUCAAAAGUGGGCACAGUCUGAGCUCAUCCCCUUCCUCAACACUGUCUUCUACGAGCAGUCGCAUUCCGCUUGGCAGGAAGCAAUUCGCGUCGCAGAGAUGAACAUUGAUAAUAUCCCUUUCUACGAGGACUUCCCAUCGACUAUGGAUUGUCUUCGCCUAGCGCUCAUUAACCCGGCCGUCCUCACGGCUGCCGAAACCACGAAGUUCGAUCCCGUGAAGAAUAUGGUUCAGCUAUGUGUUAGUAUCUUUGUUCGUCAUGCGAUCCGCCAUGAGACGUGGCCGUUGUUCUCUAUGGGGCUUGCUCCAAGCCGCGAUUUUCCGCGCCCACUGGGAAGUUCAAAGCCAGUGGGGAAUGCAAAGCAGGGCAACUCAGACGGACUGUUGCAGGUUAGCAAUGUCAUACAGCGCCAGUCACCCGUUCAAGAGGUCAAGGCUUGGAAAAAAGGCUCUAGUGCUCCGAAGCAACAGGUUAAAGAUAAUGGCGAGAGCAAGCCUCGCGGACACCGCUCAGGUGGUCUGGGCGAGCUUAGCUUGGGUCGACGUCCCAACCCUGUUACAUCAAGGUUAGCAUACGAGACAUGGCAAGGCCACGCGACUCGUGUCGACCAUGCCUAUGGGAUGCCAUCAAGCUAUGACGCUAGAUAUGGUCCGACAUCCAAUUUCCAUGGUACACCAUCGCCAAUGGCACCACAGUGGAUGGGAGUCUCAAGGCACGACCAGACCUUCUUUCCGGGCCAAGAGUUCGGUACGUCUGCCAUGCAGCAGGCGUACCGCCACGGGGACGUCGAUCCGAUGACCGGGUUAUGCAGUGCGCUCUCGUACACUUCGCUGCAGGCGGGCUCAGAUCUUUCUGGAGCCUACUACGACCCUUCCUAUCAAUAUGGGUCCUCACAGCCAGCUAUUUCUCGGGAUAAUUUUCAGCAUUCAGUCGCGCCUCUCCAGGGCGGCGACGCACUGGCGUCUGAAUCUGGCACUGGCUCUCACCGUCUUCGCGCCGAGGCGAAGGAUUUCAACCCAGGUGCUGCCCCUCAUGGCCUAGAGAGUGGCGAGGGGAUAAACGUCCGGAGUCCCGUUGGUUUCGCGUCAUGA